CACGGGUCCUUUCCUUUGGAGUGUUAAUGUCAGGUUUGUCGUCCCAGUGUGCCCCUGUCCGGGAAACCCGUCAUACACAGAACAACCACAUAAUAGACACUGAUUUAUGGCGAGGAAGCACAUCGAAGAUUUUUCUGUUGGUCAAAGUGUUAAGCUUGAAGAUCAGAGAACACACGAACACGAGGCGAACAUGUCGGCUGGGACAGGUCUGGGGGUGGAACUGACUGAUAUAACCUGAGGAACUCUACCGAUUCACAAACAGAAAGAUGGGUAUCACGUCGAGCGUUACUCACACACAGGAACCAAUCCCCAGGUGGAUCUACACGGUCAAGGUCAAGGACGAGUAUGCCGUGGACAAGUUCGACGCCUUCUCCGAAGGAAUGUCCCACGUCACCCCCACCACCAUGACGAGAAGCAGGCCCGGCAAGUUCGACACGGAUGCUGCCCGCUGGAGCCGUGGUUUCACGACUGGCAAGCACGUGUUCGAGAUUGUCUACCCAACAGCCCACAGGGGGUCAGAAGCACCUGUCGGCGUGGGGCUAAAAUCUGCACCCCUACACAGCAAGGGGCGGGUCACUCUGAUCGGCCACAACAGGGAGUCGUGGGGAAUCGACCUGAGAUCGAGAAGAGCCUACCACAACAACAAGGUGGUGAAGAAGUACCCCCAGUCCCAGCAGAUACUCCCGGACAAGAUCUUCAUGUAUCUUGACGUCGACUCUGGCACCCUUCAAUUCGGCUCUGACGAGCGGUACUACGGGACUGCCAUAACUGGCAUCAGAACCGACGGGGAGCCUCUCUACCCAAUGAUCGGCAGCUGUCUACAUGGAUCCACCAUCAGCAUGGUGUACAGAGGGGAGGCUGCAGAUGACCUGACAACAGUGACGACGACGACGACGGUGGUUGUGAACCAGCAGACUCAGAUGCAGCCAGACCCAUGCUUUCAAACUAUGGCUGUCCCACCCCCUCAACCAAUGGACCAGUCCCAACCCCCCGUGGAGCAGCAGCAGCAGCAGCAUGCCAUGCCCCCACCCCAAGAAUCUACGGAGCAGCACCUACAACCCACGGCUCCACCCCAAGAAUCCACGGACCAGCCUCAAGAAGACACGACCCACCCAGAGGAAUCCAAGGACCAGCCUCAACAAGACACGACCCACCCUAAGGAACCCACGGACCAGCCCCCACAAGCCACUACCCAGCCACAAGAACCAACGGACCAGCCAUCGGUGGCGGCUGUCCCUCCACCCAGCCCCGUAUACGAUGCUCCCCCACAGCCCGAUAUAUACUCUUCUUGAGUGCAUUGUGUUUGGGGGACGGGAUUGUAAAUAAAACAGU